UUUCACUCAUUGGUUGGUCUUACGAGGUUUUAUUCCAGGUAAAGGCGCAAUGCUGGCUCGAGCCGCAGAAACUUCUGCUAAAACAAUGUCAGGGUCAUACCUUCAGAUCUCGCAAACGCCAGCCAUAAACCUCCUUAUUCGCUUCAGUUACUUGCACCGAACAGUUGAAACAAGAGAUUGGAUAGGACAGGAGGCUGUUUACCAAAUCGAUUUUGUUCUGUUUCAGAGGCAGAAUGGACAGGAGGCUAAAUGGGGGAAACGGAAGCCUUCGAAGGGAACAAUGGGCCGCAUUUCGACUGGAACAGAAAUGCGUUUUGUUCUUCGACGGAAUAGAGAAGAUGAGCAAACUCCGAGGAAGAUGAGUUUCACGUGCAACAAGUUGAACAGACGAGUUUUCACGGAAGAUGAAAUGGAGUGGCAUUUUAGAAAGACAAAUAGCCUUUUAGUGGUAGGUGUGUAA